AUGAGAAAUUAAUCUGCAAAAAAAGAAACUAAUCAAAUAAAAAAAAAGUCAACUAUUAAAUCCAAUAUUGACUUUUAAUAAUAUAGCUUUUUGGCUACAAGAAAGAAUUUCUAAAGUCUAACAUGUUCUACUCAACAAGAUUCAAAUAUUAGCAAUAAAUUAUUUUAAUCACUUAGACAACUAUCACCAACGGAUUAAGCUGAAAAAAAAAGUAUUUUUAUCAAAUUAUAUCAUUUAAAGAUUAACAAACUAAACAUUCAUCAUAAAGAUUGAUUAAAAUGAAUUCAAAAGAAUUUUAAGACUCUAACAAAAUUAUGAAAGGGAGUUUUUACAAAAAAAUAUCACCAUAAAUUAAUAUGAAUAAUGAUAAUAUUGAAGUUAACUUUGUUAGAGAAUUCAAUCUUUAUAAUGAGUCUAAUUCAAUAAGAGAGAAUAAAAAAAAUGUUUAAAUUGAUAAAGAAAUAACUAUAUAGGAAGUAUUUAAUUCCAAAGUUCAAGUCAAAAGUUCUCGUAAGCUUACUAAUGAUAAUGCUUAAUUUUAAGCAGCAGUAAGCAAGGGCAUUUUGAAUAGUUACAAAAAACUUUUUAUUAAUUCUGAAUCAAAAAACGAUUAAGUAUCUCUUUGCUCUAAAAAUCAACCAUUAAGUGCCAGAACAUAAAAAAUAAAUUUAAAGUAAUACAAAUGA